CAAAACACCCCAUGGCAACAAUUAAAACGCCAAAGCAAUAGUUGACAGAUUUGUCUUGUACUUGUCUGGCCAGACAACUUGUGGGAUCAUAAGGUGCAAAUGAGCAAGGUGAGCGCAGAAGUCGUGUUCGGAAAGUUUGAUAUUAUUUGCUUCCUUCACACCAAGGCUCGAGGUUAAAGCAUGUAUGAAUGUUGGCUGACAAGCAACGUACGGUGCUAUAGAUAUUCUGGUUCAGCUAACAACGAAAGACAUGUGGCUGACUUAUCAGGCGAUGUCGUCGCAGACACAAGCGUUCUGACAACAUCAGGAGGUAUCACGGAUGUUUGGAAAUGUACAUGGUUCAAGGACACCGGCUCCACGAAGGUUGCAGUGAAGACGUUCCGGAUCGAGAGCACAAACCAGGGUGAACUCGCCAAAACACACAAAGCACUAUCAAUAGUCCAUCCUUGGAAAGAAAACGGAACCCUCUCGACUUAUUUAUCAUGCAAACAUGCAACAUUAACUGUACAAGAUAAAUUCAAACUCGUUUGUGUCGUGCACUCUCAUGGCAUUGUUCAUGGAAACCUUUCUGGCAAUAACGUGCUGGUAGAUGCCCUUGGCAGAGCCAGUCUGGCGGACCCCGGUCUCAGUGUGCUAGUCCCAGAAAUCUUAGGCAUGUCAUACUUUCGCCUGUCAACAUCUGGCGCUACACGGUUCGCUGCCCCCGAGCUUUUCAAAAAGUCCAGUCGCGGAGAAGUGCCCUGGCCAAGUAUAUCCAGUGAUAGGUAUUCGCUGGGCAGUAUCAUUUACCUUGUCCUUUCGGGCUCUCUACCAUAUUCCACCUUGAAGGACAGUGAUGUGCUCGUCGAGUUGCUUCUAGGAGUCGCCCCAGCAUCACCUUCUGAUUCGAACAAGUCCAUCACUCGGGAGCAGUGGCAGUUCAUCCAAGGGUGUUGGUCAGAAAUCCCCCAGAAUCGCAGGACGACGAACGAAGCUCUCGAGUUUGUAGAUGUCAAUCUCGCUCUCUACGUCCCUUUCAGGGCUAUAUACUUGACUACAAUGGAAAUGCACUCGAGGUCGAGCAAGACAGACGGCUCAAAGCCUCGGUUAGUUUUGAGCCGCAGAGACUUCUCUCCGGGCGAUGCAUUACCUCUAGGCUAUUUGGCAGUCGGUUUGCGUCGCUCGCGGAAUCCUGCGAAAGCUGCCGAGGCUGCUGUAUCCGUCAUUUUAAAUGACAUUUUCGACACAAGCCAUAUCGUACCUCAGUGGGAUUCCAAGGAAACAGAAAACGCGGUAGUUAAUCACACGUAUAAUGUUCUCGUCGAAGAUAUCAAGAUGAUCAGCGACGCAUUACAAGUAUUACAAACAAGCAACCCAAAUGCGGUAGAGAAGUCCCUCGGUACUCUCCGCUCAACAGUCCAACAUUUGUUAUUUGACGAGAGACGGAAACAACGAGCACCGCGCGCCGCUUUCCUGAUGAUUGUCUCCAAACUGCAGGACUUUUUGGACGAUCUUUGGAAGGAACUCUACGGGAAUAGAGGGAAGUUGUCAACUCCAUUCUGGGAAUGGUUUGAGAAGUGGAUGUCGAUGAUGAGAGCAUGGGAUAACUCGCAAUCAGAGGCUGCCGUUCAGAAUACUGCUACGUGCUUGCAAUCCAUCCUAUCCUAACAUGGAUAGUAGUAGUACUAGCCUGAGUAGAAAUAUGCGUCCCGGAUUACAAUUAUGCAGCUGUUGGCCGUUCUACUAAUACUUA